AUGACCUGGGGAAUAUUUACUCAUUCAUUUGCAAAAUCCCCCUUGGAUAUCAAAUUAUUGUGGAUAUCUGUAUUUCUGAGGUUAGUAUCAUAUGGUCUAACAGAUCAAAUUAUUACCCUUUUUUUAAAUGAAAUAGGCAUUUCAGAAGAUCAAAUGGGUCUAUUCAUGACACUAACACUAUUUGGGGAUGUUCUUUUAUCAUAUAUUUUAACGUGGUAUGCAGAUCAUUGGGGUAGAAGACUUGUUUUAAUAUAUGGCGCCGUAAUGAUGUCAAUUAGUGGUAUGGUGUUUAGUUAUUUUGAAAAUUUCUACGUACUGCUACUUGCUGCAAUUCUAGGUGUUAUAGCACCUAGUAGUGAUGAAGUCGGUCCUUUUAAAUCCAUUGAAGAAUCAGUCAUUGCGCAUUUAACUCCUAAUACUAAAAGACCUGAAAUUUAUUCAUUGCAUGCAUUUUUUGGAACAAUAGGCUCAGCUAUAGGUUCAAUGCUCUCUGGACUCAUCAUGAAUUUCCUAUUAUCCAAGAAUAUUUUCAAAACUAAUUUACAAUGUUACAAGUUUAUUUUUGUAUUGUAUUCCAUCAUAGCAUUGUGCAAAACUAUCAUUAUGUGUUUGCUAUCUCCAAACAUUGAAUUGUACCAUAAAAAUGAACCAUCAGUCGAAAGUGAAACAUCAACAUUAUUAAAUGCGACAAAUGAGGACGUGGUAACACCUUUAACUGUUACUACCAAAUUAUCAACCAAAACAAUAUCGUUAUUAAUCAAACUAUUAAUUAUUUUCAUGUUAGAUUCUUUUGGUUAUGGAUUUUUGACGAGUUCCUGGAUGGUCUAUUAUUAUUCUAAAACGUUCCCCAUCCAAAUGACAUUUUUAGCUCUUGGCGCAUUGUUUUCCGUCGGUAAAAUAAUAACAGCUGUAUCUUCCUUCCCAUCGUCGAUAUUGGCCAGAAUGUUUGGCCCGGUUAGAGCUACUUUAUUAGUUCAAAUUCCAUCUGGAAUUUUUUUCAUCUUAAUCCCGCUUUGUAAACCACAUUUAUUGCUAUCUAUUUUGUUUUUAUACUUAUAUCUCUCAACAACUGCUAUGGACGUCACCCCAAGACAACUAUUGCUCACUAAUUUAAUUCCAGCUCAAGAUUUAACAAAAGUUAUGGGAAUUGUAAAUAUUGGGAAAACCUUUGCACGCUGCAUAGGUCCAACUUUCACUGGUUUGUUAGCUAAUAAGGGUGAAUUGUGGGUUUGCUUUAUAAUAAGCGGUGGCUUAACAAUAUUAGCCGAUUUCAUUCUUUACUUACUGUUUAAUAAAGUGGAUAAAAAAAUUUUAAGACAAACGAAUAAUUAG